AUGGAGCGCAUAGCAAAGAAGGCCAUCAAUAAGGUCGCGACGUCAAAACCGUUCAGACUUCUGGUCGGCCCUCUCCAAACAGAAUACACUAUUCAUUCAGCUCUUGUCGCACAUCAGUCACCAGCUCUCGCUGCCAUGGUGAAUGGCAAAUUCCAAGAAUCGCAAGAACGUUGUGUCAAAUGGGACGAUGUAGACGAGAUAGUCUUCAACAGUUUCUGGCAGUUUGUCUAUACAGGAGACUACGACACUCCAGAACCACUUCCACCCGCUCAAAGGACUUCCGGCAUGGAAGACCAUAAAUCAGAUACUUCAGAUAAACCUGCUGAAGCAGAAGCAGUAACAGAUCCAGAAGAACCGGAACCAGAAGAGCAAGAACCACAAGAUCCAGAAGUAGAGUUCGGUUCAGGGUCAGAGUAUACUGAAAUAUCCUGGCCUUAUAUAUCCUGGGUGCCUAGAGCUUUAAGUCCUAUAUCAGCAAUACGGCAGGAGAAGAAGACAAGUGUUAGAAAGUCGUUAAUAUGA